UUUAGUCGCGCGCUGAUGACGACACGCGCAGAGGCGGUGCGGGUUUGCCACGUCGGUCUCUGUGCAACGCAUUUACACUGUUGCUCUUCCAGCCCAGGGCUAACUUUUUGAGACGUUUAGUGCUCUCACCCCGAGAAAAAGCAACUCCCCAGCGUCGCCCUCGCCGCUGUAGCCCGUCACCACAGCAGCUCAGUCCGGGGAAUUGAAGCUGAAAGGCGGAGAAAUGCUCGGUACAACCCGGACUCGCCGCACAACUGACUGAUGCAUCCUCGUCCAGCUCAGCCGCCCGCAUGUUGUCGAUGUUUUUGGCCUGGCAGUACAUGGUGGCUCACUGAGGAGGAAGGGGGAAGUCCCAGUGGCUUUUGGUUGGUGGGCUCUGCCCUUGGUUGCCACAGUAAUAGGCGACCAUGCCAGGAGGUCGCAGGGGUCCCAGCAGACAGCAGCUAAGUCGCUCCGCUCUGCCGUCCCUGCAGACUCUGGUUGGAGGAAACGUUGGGAAUGGUACAGGCCUCAGGAACAGGAGCAGUAACACGCUGGGUCUAUCUGCUCCACCCAUCUCAGCCCUCAUUACUCCGGAGCCGGUCCGUCACUCGAGGAUCCCCGAGCUCCCAUUGGACAGCAGCCUGCUGUUUGAGUUCCUGCUUUUUCUCUAUUUGCUGGUGGCCUUGUUUGUCCAGUACAUAAACAUCUACAGGACAGUGUGGUGGUACCCAUACAGCCACCCCGCUGCCUCUACCUCGCUCAACUUUCAUUUAAUGGACUACCACCUGGUUAUCUUCAUCACAGUAAUGCUGGCCAGGAGGCUCGUUUGGACAAUUGUUUCUGAGGUGUCUCAGAGCAGCGGGGGGUCUCUGCUGCGCUACGUGCUUUUAAUCGCAGCUCGGCUAAGCCUGCUGACCCUGUGCGGCUGGGUGCUGUGCUGGACGCUGGUCAACCUCUGCAAGAACCACUCAGUGCUUAACCUCCUCUUCCUGGGAUAUCCAUUCGGUGUUUAUGUCCCACUCUGCUGCUUCCAUCAAGAGGGAGGGAAAAGCCAGGCGGCACCAGCCGACUGCGAUUACACAGCUGACCACCAGCAGACCGACCUAACAGAAACCCCCUUCUUCCGACCACGCGACUUCCUCUUCCUGUUACGAGAGAACCUCAGAGAGCAGUUUUCUAGCCCCCCACACAUGCCCACACACACCUGCCCGCCACCCACACACUCUCACACACCAGAGCUGAUUCGAGCAGAGGUGGAGGAGCUGAAGAGCGACUUCAACCGGCGAAUCAAGGAAGUGCUUUUCAACUCGCUCUUCAGCGCUUACUACGUAGCCUUUCUGCCCCUGUGCUUCGUAAAGAGCACCCAGUACUAUGACAUGCGCUGGUCAUGUGAGCAUCUCAUCAUGGUGUGGAUCAACGCAUUCGUGAUGCUGAUGAGCCAGCUGCUGCCCCCCAGCUACUGCGACCUGCUUCAUCGCUCGGCGGCUCACCUCGGCCGCUGGCAGAAGCUGGAGCACGGCUCAUACAGUAACGCACCUCAGCACAUGUGGUCAGAAAGCACCAUUUGGCCUCAGGGGGUUUUAGUACGACAUAGUCGAAGUCUGUAUAAGGCGGUCGGUCCCUAUAAUGUGGCUCUCCCCUCUGAUGUUUCCCAUGCAAGAUUUUAUUUCCUGUUCCACAAGCCGUUGCGGAUCUUGAACCUGCUGAUCUGGAUCGAGUCCAGCGUGGUUUUGUACCAGUUAUACUCUCUGCUGCGCUCUGAGCGCUGGAACCACACAUUGUCUCUGGGCCUUAUUCUCUUCUGCAACUACUAUGUCCUCUUCAAACUACUCCGAGACCGCAUCGUGCUGGGCAAAGCCUAUUCCUACCCUCUGUCCUCCAACAGUUUGGGGCUCAAGUCGCAGUAAAGACUCUGCACGGCGAGACCUCUGCUAUAAACUCUGGACGCGGAGGCGAGACGGAUGGAGGCCUGAUGGAAGUGGAAGGCGCUUGGAGAUUAAGGGACAGACUGUGAACUCAAAUUGUGUUUUGAUACGGUUCAAUUUUUAAUGCAGUGUUUAUAUAUAGACCUAUUUAAAAGAAUAUUUUUAUUUUGUAUACUAUUUCGAGUUACACCGGGCAUUACCACGCUCAUGUCAUUAGCAUGUUGUGUUAUGUUGUUGCUAGGCGACAGAGAAGUCAGGGAAUGCCAGGAAGUGACUUUUCACCAAAGAUAUUUUAAGUGCAGACGGCCAAUGGCGGUGCAGACUUUGCCUUUGACAGUCGGUUAAAACAGGCGAGCGAUUCAGAGCAGAGGGAGGUUUCAUGCUUGGGUCCUGAUUGUCCUUUAUUCUGCUUCAGUCUUAAAUCUGGAACAGGCGUUUUUUUUUGGGGGGUAGCAUGAUUUCUUUAUUUCAGUAUUGAUGCACCUCUUUGUCUCUAAAAGGAAUAAUUUGGGAUUUUUGGGAAAUGUGCUUAUUGUCUUUUGAUCAAAGUUAGACACUCAAUCUGUUAACAUUAGCAAAUACAAGAAAAAUGGCUAGUCUGACAAAUUAUUACCGUACCUUUUCAUACCUGGGAGUCAAAUCCUGCUGUUCUGCUACAAGUCUCUGCCGUCACAAAGAUGCACAUAAGAUUUGAAUGAGUUAUGCACAAGGUGUCCGAAAUUUCUGAAGUAGUAGACCGCUUGUGUUUUGUCCCCCGCCCUUUUGUUUUUAUUUACUUGGUUUGGCUUUAUUGGCCAUUUUUCAUGAUUUGGAUUAAAUGUCCCUUUGGAAAGUUUACUCUAAAGAAAAGCAACAUUUUAAAGGUUCCCAAGGCGUUUAAAUUUAAAUGCCAAGGGCUCCUGUACAAGCGUCCGUGUUAGAUAUAUCACUGUUUCCACUGCUGCUGCCUCUGUAGUGACCCUAAAGGACAUCUUUUUGUUUAUAUCUUUGAGACGGCUUUAACAUAAUGGCAGAAUCUGAUUCCCUGUGAGUGAGACUUUUAAAAAAAAAAAACAACUUUAUUUAUUUAAUUGAAACAAAAGCCAAAGGUUAAAAAUAAAUCUGUUCAGUCAGUACAUGUGAGACAUGUUCAUAUUAAUGAGCUUUAGGGGGUCUUUAUCGGUAAUUUUAGUUUUGGUUUGUACAGGUUUGGCUGGACUAGCUGUUCCACUGUACUUAAACCUACGCUAAAACGUAGCUGAAGCUACGAUCGAGUGUGAUAUGAAUCUUAUUAUCUAAAUGUAAAAGGAUGAAAACAUUUCCUAAAAGUAAGUAUUCCUUUAAGCAAAGUCUCAGUAUGUUAUUUUUUUACACAAAGUCCAAUAAACUGUUCAUGCAAACUGACUCGAGAGCAGUCUGGAAGAAAAACACAGUUGGUACUCCAAUCCGCGGCCUCCGCAGACAAUGCCGUGUUCUUCUCAUUCAGCUUCUAACCAUGUUUUCACAGUUAGUAUCUGCUUGCUUCAUAUCACUGGAGGGGGGAGUAACAGCACCAGUCUCCAAACAACCUCACAAGUGUCAGACGGAAAAUCUUUUGUCUGGCAUCCUUAAACUCAGUGCGCACUCAUGAAAGUCCAAGUACAGUCCUGCCCGUCCCACUAAUGCGUACUUAAAGUGAGAAAGGCUGCUGCUGUGAGAGGGUGAUGCCUGAGCACACUUUCACACACUGAAAUCUGGCUACAAUACACCAUGUUACUUAAUGUUCAUCCAGUCACUUGAAUAAAGUAUGAUGGGAUAUAGGACUGCAUCACAUCAGGUCUGUGUCUGUUGUGGACUGGAUGCUUAUCGCAAAACAAAUAUGGCUUACGAUGUAUUCUGUUGGAACAUUCUUCAUCCUCACCCUUCACCCACUGCAAAUAAGUCACUGUCACCAUGCUCUCAUUUAGGUUUGAAAGCAGAGGAUGUUUAAUAGUGACACUUCAGUGGGGAGUGAAUGCGUAAUCACAGGGUGUGGAAAGACAGCCACCUCAAUGCCACUUCAUGUAUUCUCAGUUACCGGAAUGGUGUUACAAACAGGUUGCCUUGCAUUGUUGUUGCCUUUCUGUGUAGCCACACUUUGCGAUCAACACCUUACCUGUCAGUAGUUUUGCCUUUAUGUUCCUCCACCUCUCCAUCACCAGCGUCAGUCUGCAGCCAGUGCGUACUUCAGGCAGUAUUAAGCAUUAGUUUGACAAAGUGGAUUUUUUUUUCAAAUUGCUACCAUCUGCUUUCAGGUUGAGUGUUAAAUAGUUGAGGAAACUACCUUUGAGAUGAACCAGUGUACAUGUGGAGCGCACAGGUUUGAUAGAUCCUCUAAUUCACAUGCUGUACGUGUUGUAGUUUGUCUGCAAACGUCACCCCUUUCUUUGGUGCUUAUACUUUGUGGUCACUUUACACUUGAAUGUAGCGAAGUCUUGCAGCUGAAUUGUGCCGUUGAUGUGAAUCGGUAUGUUUUGUUUUCUUUUUCUUUCUCUGUGCUGUUGCCUUCAGUUGAGCGCCAUUGCUGAAAUGAGCUGUGAAUGGCUCUCAUCUUUUAAUUUGCCCAGGGUAAUUCUGAAAUGACACAAUUUAACUCUGUAACUCCUGCUUCUGUGGAGAGUCCGCUUUGAAUAAAAGCUGAAGAAUUGAGAUUUGA